UCAAAUUUGAGUUCCCCCUGGUAAGCGUGCACGUCUCUCAUUUACAUCAUAGAAUGUGAACGAUUCUGGAUGCGUAAACUAUUUUUAGCAGGUUAGGGUUGUUUGAUAGAAAGUAUUUUUCUGUCGGUUCGUUUUGUCAGGUAGUUAGAUCGGCAUUAGUCCUGUAUAUCUGGCCCAGCCAUCUGUCAAAUUUGGAAGAACGAAUCUCCUAGUUUGCUAUUCCAGCGCUGUGUUAACAAUGUCGAUAAACGGAUUUCGUCGUAUCAGAUGUAAAUUUAAAACCUAAAAUAAAUUAAGAGUUAGUUGGUGCGUGGAAUUCCAAUUGAUAGAUUAACUGUAAUUCAGAGCGUAUUAAGCUUGACACGUUGACAGCUGACGAGAAUGCAGGAUCUCCAGAACAAAGGGAUACGUAUUUAACUGUGCGGACGAACUCAGCAUACUGAUAUUCAGAAAUGUUACAUAUAAGCCAGGAACAUUGUUUUAGAGGCUUUUAUAUUGUAACGACCAACAGAAUAAGAUGUCCCAAGUAUGCUGGUCAUCUUCAUUAGCUUACUUCGUUGCAUGGACAACAUAGUUGUUGCUUUAAGAUAAAACUUCAAGAAAAUGUCGCGUUGGUUUACAAAUGACUGACUGCUGCUGCUAGCAAUAUGGACCUCAAAUUUUGCCUAAUUUUCUGCUUCUUUGGGCAUGGCUGUUUUGCCCAUCUCUUACAAGGACUAUAUUGCGGCCUGGAUAACUGUUAUGAACUUUUAGAUGUAACGCGGCAAUCCACAAAGCAAGAAAUAGCUCGAAAUUAUCGGCAAUUAGCCAAAAAAUAUCACCCAGAUUUGCACAAAGGAGAAGCGGACAAAAAAGUUGCUGAAGAGAAGUUUAUGAUAAUUGCAAGAGCAUAUGAAACGCUCAGAGAUGAAGGUUCCAGAGCAGAUUACAACUAUAUGCUGGACAACCCGGACGAAUACUAUUCUCAUUAUUACCGAUACUUCAAACGAAGAACAAAAAUUGACGUUCGAUUGGUGGUGCUUGUGUGCAUUAGCAUCAUAUCUAUUGUUCAAUAUUUUUCAAGAAAACAACGAUACGAAGAGGCUAUUAAAUAUUUUAUGACUGUACCAAAGUAUCGCAACAAAGCACUGGAAAUAAUUAACCAAUCACAGGAUGGUGUUAAAAAGAAACCCAAAGGAAAGCUAUCCAAAGGAGAACUCAAAGAGGAAUCUGAGAAAAAUAUCAGAAAAAUAUUGGAGGAAAACUUAGAUAUUCAAGGCGCCUACGCAAAGCCCCAGAUAACAGAUAUUUUGUGGGUUCAAAUUAUCUUACUGCCAUACACUUUAUUUAAAUAUGUUAAAUGGAAUUUGCUGUGGAUUUACAAUUUCAACAUUCGAAUGAAACCUUACGGGGAAGAAGAACAAUUAUACUUAAUUCGAAAGAACCUGAAAAUGGGCAUCAAUCAAUUUAAAGGCAUAGAGCCAGAGAAAAUUAGCGAUUACUUACGAAGAAAGCUGUGGAUAAAGAAAAACUACAACAUCUGGAAAGAGGAACAAGAGGAAGAAAUGAAGCGUCAAAUGGCUGAUAAUCCUAGGUAUAAAGCAUAUCGGAGGUAUAUGAAAAAUCAUGGCCCUGGACGAAUGACUUUUGAAGACUAAGUUUAUUCCAAACAACAUGUAGUGCGACGCAUUGUUUCUGCUAUACUGUGAAUAAACGAUACAAUAAUAUUUAAA